UCAAUACCUUUUGGUGUACAAGUGGUUUGGGGUUACAUGGACGAACUGUACAGUGAUGAACACUGAGAUUUUAGUGCACCUGUCACCUGAGUAGUGUACAUUGUACCCAAUAUGCAGUUUUUUAUCCCUCUAUAUUAUUAUUAUUGUUUGAGAAAAUAAGACAUUUUGUUCUUUUUCUGCCAAUCUGUCUACCCCCAAUCUCCUUGGCUUCAAAAACUUGUUUGCUUGCUGUCUUUUGAGACUCUAAAGCUCCUUGUAAUUUGUGAUGUUCUCCAGGCAAGGGGCCCUUUCCUGGGGUCAUUGAUCUGUUUGGGAGUGGCGGUGGCCUUUGUGAAUACAGGGCCAGCCUCCUGGCCGGACACGGUUUUGCUGUGCUUGCCCUGGCUUAUUUCAGAUUUGAAGACCUCCCUGCAGAUCUGAAUGAUGUACAUCUGGAGUACUUUGAAGAAGCCGUGGACUUGAUGCUGCAGCAUCCAGAGGUGAAAGGUCCUAGUAUUGGGCUUCUUGGAUUUUCCAAAGGAGGUGACCUGUGUCUCUCAAUGGCUUCUUUCUUGAAGGGCAUCACAGCCACUGUUCUUAUCAAUGCCUGUGUAGCCAACACAAUAACUCCUCUACAUUACAAGGAUAUGAUUAUUCCUAAACUUGUCGAUGAUCUAGGAAAAGUAAAAAUCACUAAGUCAAGAUUUCUCACUUUUAUGGACACUUGGAGCAAUCCACUGGAGGAACGCAAUCACCAAAGUCUUAUUCCAUUGGAAAAGGCCCAGGGGCCCUUCCUGUUUAUUGUUGGCAUGGAUGAUCAAAACUGGAAGAGUGAAUUCUACGCUCAGAUAGCCUCUGAAAGGCUACAAGCUCACGGGAAAGAAAGACCCCAGAUAAUCUGUUACCCAGGAACAGGUCACUGUAUUGACCCACCUUAUUUUCCUCCUUCUAGAGCCUCUGUGCAUGCUGUUUUGGGUGAGGCAGUAUUCUAUGGAGGUGAGCCAAAGGCUCACUCAAAGGCACAGGUAGAUGCCUGGCAGCAAAUUCAAACUUUCUUCCAUAAACAUCUCAAUGGUAAAAAAUGUGUCAAGCACAGCAAAAUAUAACAUUGUAGCCACAGACCAGAUACCAUUAAUAAAAAUCCUAUUCAUACAA